AUGAGCCGCACUCAGCGCCACUCUGGCGGCAGUGCAGGCGGAUCGCGCCGUAAUGGCGGCGCUGAAGGCUGUGAGAGCUAUCGUGGAGACUCACACGGAAACCAUACCACAUCUACCUCGACUUCAAGAAACCAUGCCUACGACCCGAGCAGAGACUCAAUAUAUACCCAAGCGCCGCGCCCAUCUAGGUCCGAUCACGCCCACCUUACCCAAGUGACCAACAACUCAGCUUUGAACACACCACCUCCCCCGGCACAUCCUCAGAACCUACCGUAUCGCCCCUACAAUGCACAACACCAGUUUUUGACCAACCACUCGUCAUCUCACCUUCGGAUCUCGCCUUACGACCCCUAUGGUAGGGAUUUCAACGCAUCGCAAGCUUUCCAAACCACAUCCCUGGCUGGCGUUUUUGCACAGCCGGAUAGGCAGCCAUAUUAUCCUGCAACCGGCGGCUCCCGUCAGGAUCAAGCUGCGGACCGAUACGCCGACCCGUAUAACACUGUUGGUCAUAUUAGACGUGACGGAGCGGUUUACGACCAAGAGGAGGAGUAUGAGGAGUACAGACCAUAUGGUUCGAACGUUCAUCAACACGGACAACGAGGAUACUACGGAAGUAAUGACACAUCUCGCUAA